AAGUGGAGAACCUCCUGCAGCCGCUUCCUUGUUUACAUUACAGGCUGGGGUCAGCAAUGUUCUCUGCGGUUACACACAAGAACGUAAUACGAACUGCUUGCUGCUCCAUGAACUCUUUAACAGUAUAGGGCUUCCAUAGCACGUAACUGGGAAAAGGUGAGAGUCAUUGCUGCUUGCCAGGUCUUUUGCUCCAUGCGUGGAUUCGCUGAUUUGUUCCCUGCCCCCCUGGGCCUCUGGAUGAUGUGUUUACUAUGGCCAGUGACCCACUGGAAGGCUUUCAUGAAGUGAAUCUUGCAUCGCCCACUACCCCUGAUCUUGGCGAGCGUGAUGCCAGGCGUCAGGAACCAACUACCUCAAACAAUAUUGUAUACCGCCCCCAUUUAACCGUAAACUCUAAUCUAAUUCAACCAAACAGCUUGAAUGCCUCUGACCUACCUACACAACCUGUAUAUUCCUCUCCGAGGCAUUUACACUGCGGAGACACUACAGGGGUAAGCGUCAGCUUAGCGGAAAAGGUAACUUGUUCUACCUCUGGGUGCAAGACAUGUUGCCCCAAACACAGCAGAAGAAAGGACAGCAACCGUGCAGAGCGAGAGUUCUUGCAGGGUGCCACAGUGACGGAUCUAGUGGAUGGGUCAGAUGAUGUGCUUGGAUGGAGUACAGACAGCCUAUCGCACUUACGGAGCCCAUCUGUGCUCGAAGUCAGAGAAAAAGGAUAUGAGAGGUUGAAAGAAGAACUGGCUAAAGCUCAAAGUGAGCUGAAACUCAAAGAUGAAGAAUGUGAAAGAUUGUCUAAGGUGCGAGACCAACUGGGGCAGGAGUUGGAAGAGCUUACAGCAAGUCUUUUUGAGGAAGCACACAAAAUGGUCCGCGAAGCUAACAUUAAACAGGCUGCUGCUGAGAAACAGCUGAAGGAAGCUCAGGGGAAGAUUGAUGUGCUCCAGGCAGAAGUUGCUGCUUUAAAAACACUUAUUCUUUCCACCUCCCCAACAUCACCUACAAAAGAACUGCAGCCAGGUGGGAAGACACCCUUCAAAAAAGGCCAUGCCAGGAACAAAAGCACAAGUAGCGCAAUGGGUGGAGCUGCACUAGACCUCAGUGUGAUGCAACCAAUUGUAAAGGACUGUAAAGAGCCUGAUCAUUCUCUUUAUAAUGAAUUCAGAAUAUGGAAAGAAGACCCUUCAAUGGAAAGGACAUGUCCAUUUUUAGAAAGAAUUUAUGCGGAAGACAUUUGCCCCUGUUUAGCAUUCUCCAAAAGUGAACUGGCCGCUGCUGUCCUGGAUGCUGUAGAAAACAACACCUUGAGUAUUGAACCUGUUGGUUUGCAACCUGUUCGAUUUGUGAAAGCCUCAGCAGUAGAAUGUGGUGGCCCAAAGAAAUGCGCUCUGAGCGGUCAGUCAAAGUCGUGCAAGCACAGAAUCAAACUGGGAGAUUCCAGCAAUUAUUAUUAUAUUUCACCGUGUUGUAGAUAUAGGAUUACCUCUGUGUGUAAUUUCUUUACGUAUAUCAGAUAUAUCCAUCAAGGGCUAGUAAAGCAGCAGGACGUUGACCAGAUGUUCUGGGAAAUUAUGCAACUAAGAAAAGAAAUGUCUCUAGCAAAACUUGGAUUUUUUAAAGAGGAGAUUUAGAACACUACAAGAAUGCACUUAAACAUUCCCUGGACUUAACACAUUUCCUGCUAUUCAGACUAAAGGACCGUUGCAGCACAUAGGUUUAUCCAUUUCUGACAAUGAAAUAAAUGGCAAAUUCUGUAUCCUUACUAUGUACUUUGCAAAUUGCACUGCUGAGCUAUAAUGUGACGCAUCAAAAUUAAACCUAUGCCGUGUGUGCUUGCAAGUGACAGUUAAUUGCUAAGGACCUGACAAGCAUUCGCAGGCCUCAUCAACUAUACAUUAUUGGUGAUAGAAAUGCAGAUUUGAAGAAAUAAACGGUAGUUUGAAA